AUUGCUGUGCUCAUUGUUAAUCCCUGCAUUAUUUCUAAGUGGAAUUUUGUGUGUCUGCUUGGUGGUUCUACUGUGGGGAAUACGGCUCUGGAUACAACAAAGGAAAAAAAAACAGUUGACCUCACCAGGAAAAGAUGGGAAGCGGCCAUUGCUGGUUGCAUUUUUUCACCCAUAUUGCAAUGCAGGUGGCGGAGGGGAGAGAGUCUUGUGGUGUGCCGUAAGAACGCUCCAGAAAAAGUACAGAAAUGUCACGUGUGUUGUUUACACUGGUGAUAGAGAUGCCACUGGAGAAGAAAUAGUAGAAGGCGCUUUCAGAAGAUUCAAUAUUAAAUUAACUCAUCCUGUAAAGUUUGUAUUUCUAGAAAAACGCUACCUUGUGGAAGCUUCUCUUUACCCUCACUUCACUUUGCUGGGACAAAGUUUAGGAUCAGUGUUUCUUGGCUGGGAAGCUCUUGUAAAGUGUGUUCCUGAUAUUUAUAUUGACUCAAUGGGUUAUGCCUUCACGCUUCCCCUCUUUAAAUAUUUAGGAGGUUGUCACGUUGGAUGCUAUGUCCAUUAUCCCACUAUCAGCACCGAUAUGCUUUCUGUCGUUAGGAAUCAGGAUACCAGGUUUAACAAUGCAGCCUUCAUUACAAGCAAUCCUCUUUUCAGCAAAUUUAAACUUGUCUACUACUACUUCUUUGCUUUCAUGUACGGAUUGGUUGGUUCCUGUAGUGAUGUGAUUAUGGUUAAUUCUUCUUGGACGCUAAAUCACAUCCUUUCCCUCUGGAGAGCUGGGACUUGCACUAGUGUUGUGUAUCCACCAUGUGAUGUGCAGACCUUCCUGGAUAUUCCACUGGAAGAGGAAAAGAGCACUGCUGAAUAUUCCAUUGUUUCCGUCAGCCAGUUCAGGCCUGAAAAAGAUCAUCCUUUGCAAAUCAGAGCCUUUGCUAAAUUACUGAAAGAGAAGAGACUGGGGCAGCAGCCAUCAUUGAAGCUUAUCUUAAUUGGAGGCUGUCGUAACCAGCAAGAUGAAGAGCGUGUAAAUAACCUUAAACAUCUUUGUGAAGAGCUGGGAGUUAGUAACAAUGUGACGUUCAGAAUAAACAUUCCCUUUGAGGAGCUGAAGAGAUACCUGGCCGAGGCCACCAUCGGCCUGCAUACGAUGUGGAAUGAGCACUUUGGGAUCGGAGUAGUUGAAUGUAUGGCAGCUGGCACAGUUAUCCUGGCUCACAAUUCUGGAGGCCCCAAAUUAGAUAUUGUGGUACCCUAUGAAGGACAUACUACAGGCUUCUUAGCAGAAAACGAGGACAAUUAUGCUGAGAUGAUGGCUUAUAUCCUCUCUUUGUCCCCUGAAAAAAGGUUAGAGAUCAGAGAAAAUGCUCGUCGGUCUGCGCACAGGUUUUCUGACCAGCAUUUUGAAGAGACAUUCCUGUUAUCUGUGGAGCCAUUAUUUAAAUAAAUGUAUAUUAAUAAAAGUGUAUAUUAGUAAAAUUAACUUUUUAUAUUUGACUAUGAUGUGUCACCUGUAAAUAUAUGUAAUCUAUGAGCCCUUGGUCCCAUUCAAUAAAGGGAUUUUUUUCUUUC